AGUUGUCAUUUUUUGGUAAAUAGACAUUGGUUGAAGAAAAUUCCUGAAAAAUCGCAAUUUCAGCGAUUUUCCCCCAUGGAAGGUAACAGAGACGAAGCCACAAGAUGCAUUGACAUCGCAUACAAGUACCUCCAUGCGGGGAAUUUGGACAGAGCUCGAAAAUUCCUCAUAAAAGCCGAACAACUCUAUCCAUCAGUUCAGGGUCAGAAGUUGCUGGAUGAAAUUGAUUCCCUGACCCAGGAGGGAGGUGUGAAUAAUCAAACAACAACCCAGGAAGAUCCCCCGAGUCAGGAUGAGGCAAAGUACACACAGGAACAGGUGGAUCUUGUGAGGAAAGUGAAAAAGUGCAAAAGUUUCUACGAGAUGUUGGGAGUUACCAAAGAUUCCACAGAUAGUGAGAUAAGAAAAGCCUACAAGAAGCUCGCACUGCAUUUGCAUCCGGAUAAGAAUCAAGCUCCAGGUGCAGCUGAAGCUUUCAAGGCUGUUGGAAAUGCAGUGGCCGUGCUCACAGAUACGGAAAAGAGGAAAGCCUACGACCUAUAUGGCAGUGAAGUUCCUUCGAGGAAUGGUCAGGCACGUCAUAGGCAUCACUCCCACAACCACUAUCGCCAAUUUGAAUCUGAUGCCACGGCUGAGGAAUUGUUCAAUAUGUUCUUUGGUGAUGGAUUCACCCAUGCUGGCCACAGACGUUUCCGGAAUCAUCACCAUGAAAAUAAUCAACCAAGCCUGGCCUUUGGGUUCAUUCUCAUCAUCGUGGUGAUUUCACUCAUGUCCACAUUCCUCACAUCUGAUCCCAUUUACAGCCUACAACCCUCAACGAGAUAUUCCAUCACAAGAAAGACAUCCGGACUCGGAGUUCCGUAUUAUGUAAAGCAAAAUUUCGAUGAGGAAUACACAGGAUCCCUGGCAAGGCUUGAAUUAGCCGUCGAAGAGGAGUAUCUCAUUGGAUUGAAGAAGCUCUGUAUGCGGGAACGGCACUACAGAGAUGCAAUGAUGUCUCGUGCUCAGCACUUUGGGAGUAAAUCUCAAUUUGUACAGGCUCAAUCCCUAAAAACUCCUUCCUGUGAUACGCUCUAUCGCAUGGGGAAGCUUAUUUUUUAACCCUUUUUUCGGUUAGAUAUUCUUUAUUUAGAGGAAAAUUCCAAAUGGAUAAUCUAUGGAAAUUGUACCAAUCAUUGUAUUUGAAGAGUUAUUAUUUAUUAAAAUUAAUGCUAAAGCGAA